GGGGGGAGUCUCGGGCCUCGGGGCUCCUUCGUUGGCGCCUCAACGAAGGUUGCCCCAACUUCCGAUACAACCCGGAGCUGCUCCUGCGGCUGCCCCUUCCGGGGAGGGGGCAGGUCCUGGGGCUGGGGGCCGCCGAGGCGCUGCGGGUAACCAGCACACGCCUGCUCCUUUCUGUGGCUCCGGUCCUCGGUCUCCGCACCCCUCCGGCGCCUGCCCCCCAGCCCCGUCGGCUCCCAGCCCGAGUCGGGUAGCUUGAGGACACGGGGCUGGGCAGGUGCCGAGAGCCCGCCGCCAGCCCCACCCUGCGGGGCUGCGCUGCCGGGCGCCCGGAGCGAGGGGCCGCAGGGAGAAGACUACGUGCGCUCGCCCGCUCCGCUGGCGCCCACGCCUUCUGCUCCAAUUGCUUUCCCAGCCGAGCGGAAAAGCCGGGGGCACGUUGCCCGGGCCCUGGGAAGCAGGGCGGUUCGGCCCCGCCGCUUGAGGUCCGCCGGUGCACCUUCCCAUCCGCAGGCCGUCCGUCCGACAGGCACCGACCCUGCAGCCCCCAGCCAGCCAGACGGGAGCCCACCCUGAAUCACAGGGUAAAGAGACCAGAGGCAGCUGAGUGACCCCACCACGACCCAGACCCUAGUAGGGCUUUCGGUGUGACACUGUGGGCCUGAACCGGGAAGUUUCCCCAUGUUUACAAUUCUGCAACUAACAAUAAACAGUUACCCCCCAUGUGUGCCAAGCAUGGGGAGUUACAGGGCUUGAGGUCGGCUCUAGAGGACGGGGAAGCGGGGUUUUGGGUGGUAUGUGUCUGAGCGUGUGUGUGUGUGUGUGUAGAAACUAACCCAGAACCUGGUGCAGUGCCUGGCAACCCGUCAGCCCUGAGUAAACCUUCAUGGAAUGAAAGAGAAGGUAGGUGACUGAGGGAGCCGGGCUACAGAGGGCAGCUCUACUCGUCCCACCCCUGCCUCCCCUGGGCUCCUGCAGACAAAAGUAAUUAGGUUGAGCCUUUAAUCACAGCUGGUUUCACAGGCAGGAGGACAAGGAAGAGCAGGGAAAGGGAGCAAUUCUGGGGACACUGGGUGCUGGCUUGGCUCACAGGCACUGCCUCCCUCUGGGACCCCCUCCAGCCCUCACAGCUUGGCAGUCAGUAAUCUCCUGUUUUCUUGUCUCCCUCAGGACACUGGGUUCCCUCGGAGCGUCCCCAGGCUUAAUGAUUGUCCAGAAGGUGGCUAUAAAGGGAGCCUGGGAGGCUGGGUGGAGGAGGGAGCAGAAAAAGCCUACCUCAGCAGAUCUGGGCACUGAGACAGCGGCAAGCAGGAGCUGUGGUCAGGGGCUCUGUGUCCCACCAUGGCAGCCCAAGGCUACAGCUAUUACCGCGCUGUGAUCUUCUUGGCCAUGUUUGGAGGCUACAGCCUGUACUACUUCAACCGCAAGACCUUCUCCUUUGUCAUGCCGUCGGUGGUGGAGGAGAUUCCUCUGGACAAGGAUGACUUGGGGCUCAUCACCAGCAGCCAGUCAGCAGCCUAUGCCAUCAGCAAGUUCGUGAGCGGGGUGCUGUCUGACCAGAUGAGUGCUCGCUGGCUCUUCUCUUCUGGGUUGCUCCUGGUUGGCCUGGUCAACAUAGUCUUUUCCUGGAGCUCCACAGUGCCUGUCUUCGCUGCUCUCUGGUUCCUCAAUGGCCUGGCACAGGGGCUGGGCUGGCCCCCAUGUGGGAAGGUCCUGCGGAAGUGGUUUGAGCCAUCUCAGUUUGGCACUUGGUGGGCCAUCCUGUCAACCAGCAUGAACCUGGCUGGAGGGCUGGGCCCUAUCCUGGCAACCAUCCUCGCCCAGAGCUAUAGUUGGCGCAGCACGCUGGCCCUGUCUGGGGCACUGUGUGUGGUUGUCUCCUUCCUCUGUCUCCUCCUCAUCCACAAUGAACCUGCUGAUGUUGGACUCCGCAACCUGGACCCCACCCCCUCCAAGGGCAAGAAGGGCUCCUUGAAGGAGGAGAGUACCUUAAGGGAGCUGCUGCUGUCCCCCUACCUGUGGGUGCUCUCCACUGGCUACCUUGUGGUGUUUGGAGUAAAGACCUGCUGUACUGACUGGGGCCAGUUCUUCCUUAUCCAGGAGAAAGGACAGUCAGCCCUUGUGGGUAGCUCCUACAUGAGUGCCCUGGAGGUUGGUGGCCUCAUAGGCAGCAUCGCAGCUGGCUAUCUGUCAGACCGGGCCAUGGCAAAGGCAGGGCUAUCGAUCUAUGGGAACCCUCGCCAUGGACUGUUGCUGUUCAUGAUGGCUGGCAUGACAGUGUCCAUGUACCUCUUCCGGGUAACUGUGACCAGUGACUCUCCUAAGCUCUGGAUCCUCGUGUUGGGAGCUGUGUUUGGUUUCUCCUCUUAUGGUCCCAUUGCCUUGUUUGGAGUUAUAGCCAACGAGAGCGCCCCUCCCAACUUGUGUGGCACCUCCCAUGCUGUUGUGGGGCUCAUGGCCAAUGUGGGCGGCUUUCUGGCUGGGUUGCCCUUCAGCACCAUUGCCAAGCACUACAGCUGGAGCACAGCGUUCUGGGUAGCUGAAGUGAUCUGUGCAGCUAGCACAGCUGCCUUCUUCCUCCUACGAAACAUCCGCACCAAGAUGGGCCGAGUGCCAAAGAAGGCUGAAUGAAGAGAGUGCAGGCUCUGGAGUAUCCUCUUCCAUCUGUGGCCUUUCCCCUGCACAGGGGUGAUGGGAGAGAGGGAAGUGGGCAGCUCCGGCUAGGAGUGAACCAUUGACUUUCCCUUUUCUGCUCCUUUUUCCUCGCCCAGGUGGCACUGGGAGUUAUCAGUGGCUAAUGAGGUCCCAGCUCCCCAUCCUAUGCUCUAUUUAAGACAACCUUUAUUCUUGGACUCCAUUAGCUCCUAUUUCCUGCCUUCAAACUGGAAACCCCUGCAGUCAAGGAAGUCUCCUAUACCUUUCUUCCUCUCCUGGGCCCUUCCCUGCCCCCAUUCCACCCCAUCCCCACCUGAGCUGAGGCUCCUCCUGCAGCUGUAGGGCACCAGUGGCCCAUGACUUCUGUCCUAAGGCCUCUCAGCAGGGGGCAAAUGCCAUUAUCAAUACCUCAGACUCCAGGGGAAGACAGGAGGCCAUCACUCCCAUCGACACCCUGGGUACAGUAGGGGGGUAUGGGUGGGAGGAUAGGAAGACUUGUUCUUGUUAUAGAAGAUUAAAACUAGAUUUGAUACUAAA